AUGAAGGGAUGGGAGGAUGGAAUGUAUCCUUCGGGAGCGACAUUUCCUGCCGGAUACAAGUUUGGAGACGGCAACGUGUUUGGGAAGAACUCUGUAUUUGGAGCAGGGGAUACAUUUGGUGAUAAGAACGUGUUUGGGAAGGGGAGCAUCUUCGGCGCUGGGUCCAAGUUUGGUGAUAAGAACAACUUUGCUAAGAACCAGAGGUUUCAAUCGGGCACGACGCUGGGAAAUGAUGAGACCAUUGGCGCUCAUUCCGUGAUCGGCGAAGGAAGCAUCAUCGGCGACAGAAACCAGUUUGGAAACGAUGUUGUAUUUGCAAAGCGAGUCUCACUGGGGAAAGAGAACAUGUUCGGACCUUAUGAUCAGUUUGGAUCACACGAUCAACUGGGAAAGAACAACGAGUUUGGUCGUGGUGCCAUGUUCGGGCGCGAGAUAGUCUUUGGAAAGGGCGAGGAGUUUGGGUCUCGAAGCAGCUUCGUAGAACCUGAGCAUCUUCAAGGACAUGAUGAGUUCGGCACUCGCAACUGGGGCCUGCAGGAAUCGGACCUUCCCAAGAGCGACAAGGAACCUUGGACGCGAGCUGCUGCCGCUAGUCCAGAAUACGAACCGGACAGGGAGAUUCAAAACAAGGUGUUGAGUUUGGCAAGGAAGAAUGCUAAACAGGCAGCAACAAAGGACUCUAAGAAGUUGUCUUUGAAGGCAAUUGAGAAGGCUGUCGAACAAGCUUCAGCGCAAGCGAAGCGGCUAGAGAGAAUUGCCAGGCAAGUAGCACGAAAGUAG